CGUUUCCUCUUCAUAGAUACUUCUGUCCCGCGUCUUUCUUCUCGCUACCUCGCAUACCUCCUACCCACUCGGACCAUGGCUACUACCAACGGCUCCGGUGCGAAGCUGGCCUUGACCGUCGAGAACAUCAAUCAGAAUAUACGAAAAGCAAAAUAUGCUGUACGAGGAGAGCUUGCGUUGAAGUCGGAGCAAUACAGAGCACAGCUCAGGGAAGGUGGCAAGAACGACCUCCCCUUUGAUAAAAUCAUCUCCGCCAACAUUGGCAAUCCUCAGCAGCUGGAUCAGAAGCCAAUAACAUUCUUUCGCCGUGUUGCGAGUUUGCUCGAAAACCCAGAUCUACUGGAGAAAGAGGACGUCUUGACCCAGCACUUGGGGUACAAGAGCGACGAGAUUGCGCGUGCGAAGUGGUUGCUCAAUGAGGUCCACAGCGUCGGCGCAUAUAGUGCCAGUCAGGGAACACCGGCGAUACGAGAAAGCGUGGCUAAGUUUAUUGAGAAGCGUGACGGUCACCCAUGUAGCGCGAGAGACAUAUAUCUCAGUGGAGGAGCCUCUUCAGGCGUCAACACACUUCUGAAUACCAUCUGCGCAAAACCAGAAGUCGGUCUCUUGAUUCCUAUCCCUCAGUACCCUCUCUACACCGCCUCCCUGGCUGUCCUCAAUGCCCGUUGCGUUCCAUACUAUCUCGACGAAGAUCAAUCAUGGGGCACCAACUUGAAAGAGAUCAGAGACGCAUACGAGAAAGCUACUGCGGAGGGUACUGAAGUGCGGGCGAUUGUUGUCAUCAAUCCUGGAAAUCCCACUGGUGCCAGCCUGCCCGUAGAGGACAUCACAGCGGUACUCAAGUUCGCCGCAGAGAAGAAUAUCGUAGUCAUGGCAGACGAAGUCUACCAAACGAACGUCUUCAUUGGCAAAUUCGUGUCAUUCAAGAAAGCGCUGCGGGAUCUACAGCAGUCCAGCCCAGGAACAUACGACCAUGUCAACCUGGUUUCGCUGCACAGCAUCUCCAAGGGCAUGGUCGGCGAAUGCGGACAUCGUGGCGGAUACUUUGAGUUGAUCGGCUUCGACCCAGAGGUUGCGGCGGAGAUCUACAAGUUCAUCUCCAUCCAGCUGUGCCCGCCAGUCAUCGGCCAGUGCAUAGUCGAGAUGAUGGUAAACCCGCCCAAGGAAGGCGAGCCCAGCUACGAGCUGUACAAGAAAGAGUACGAUGGCAUCUAUGACGGCCUGAAGAAGCGCGCUACUGCCCUGUUCGAGGCGUUCAAGAAGAUGGAGGGCGUAAAGUGCCAGGACCCGCAGGGAUCCAUGUACCUCUUCCCAACCAUCACACUGCCCAACAAGGCCCUCGAAGCCGCAAAGAAGGACGGCCGCGCCGCCGACGAGUUCUACUCCCUCCGCAUGCUCGACGCGACGGGCGUCUGUGUCGUGGCUGGCAGCGGCUUUGGCCAGAAGGAAGGCACGCUGCACUUCCGCACAACCUUCCUGGCUCCGGGCACGGACUGGGUGGGACGGAUCGAGAAGUUCCACAAGGAGUUUAUGGACGAGUUUAGAGACUAGAUUUAGAUGAUUGGAUUGAUGGUGUGGUGCUGGAAUUUGUGGGGAAAUACCAUGGAUUUUUCACUGCGAGCGCAAGGGGGGGCGGGCUAGAUUUGGGAUUGGUUGUUGAGGGUAUGGGUAUACUAUGGAUAUACUGUAGAUAAAACUAUAGAUAUGCUGUAGGUAUACUAUAGAUAUAACUAUUUAUACGACUAUAGAUAUAACCAUAGAUACGACUAUAGACAUAUAGCAUCUAUUCAC